AUGAAAGUUUUUCUGCCUAACUUGGAGAAACUAUAUCUCCAACGAAUCAGUGUGGUGCACAUAGUAGACUACCAAAUGCAAGGAUGGUCCUUCCACAAACCAAGAGGCUUGGAUGUGUCGUAUUGUGAAAAGGUUUUCAAUGUUGUUGCACCUGGUCAGCAAAAACUAUUUCCAAAUCUUGAAUUCCUUCAUGUCGAUGAUUGUUGCGAACUGGAAGCGGUGUUUAACUUCGAGGGGUUAACAACUAGGAGAGAUCAUGCUGAAGUCACACUUGGUCAGUUGGAGUUGAUGAGCCCCGAUUCGAUUGGGUCAGACCCAAGUAAUUAAAUAAGCCCAAAUUUGUUACAUGGCAGUUCAAACUUAGUUCAUGGAUUCGGCCUAUACUAGAGUUCAAGGAGUCCAAGAAGAUUAGCGUAAGUGGAGAGUAAUUAUCGAGAUAGUCACUCUCAAAUAUCAAGGAUAUCUUUAAUUGUACAUAUCCUUAAUUGUAGUUAUCCUCCCCAUAGAACUAGUAUCUUUACCCUCACGUCAUCGUCUUAACCAAAGUUUUGUGCCUAUAAAUGUAAGCUCUCUCUAUAUGAGAGGAACAUCUCUAGAUCUCUCUACACACCCCUCUCAUAGCUAUUUCUCUCUCUUAGUUAUCAUAUCUCUCCCAGAGCUCA